AACUUGGAGCUUUUUCUCAGAUUGGCACACAUGGCAUCAACACCAGGGAAACCUAUGACGCAUUAUAAGCGGCGAUCAAAAAUCAGCCAAAUCGAUCAGAACCAGGCGGCUGCAGCAGAACCAUCAGAUGAUCUGGAUGAAGAUAAGCCGCUGCAGCAGAUUCUGUCUUGCAUAGCAAGAAAGAAGAAGAGGAUGAGAGAACUAAAGAAUGUGACGACACUGCCAGAAGAUUUAAUCCUUGCAGAAAUACUCCCUCGACUACCAGCAAAAUACAUUCUUCGAUGUCGCCUUGUUUGUAAGUCCUGGAACUCUGUUUUCUCCACACCCGUUUUCGUAAAUUCCCACCUCACUCAUCAACUCCACAACAACUCUGAAGAAAAUGAUCGAAUUAUAACAAUUAACGGUUUUCACGUGGGAGUGGACGUUCUCUCUCACACCACUUCAAUUCGUGUCCGUGGAGUGCCUUGCGCUCAUAAACUGUUGGGUUCAAUUAAUGGUUUGGUUUUAAUGGAACGGGGAGGAAGAUUUUGUUUAUGGAACCCGGCUAUUGGGCAAGUUAAGUUGUUUGAUUCCCCCCCACUUGAUGGUCACUAUCUCAGAGGAUUUUGUUGGGAUCAUGUGCAGAACGAUUACAAGGUCUUGAUGUUCUGCGAUGAUUCGAUGUUUUCUCCCCCUAGAAAAAUUUAUAUUUACUCAACAAAUUCGGCUACUUGGACUUGUUUGUGUAUCCCUCAAAAUCCCAUGUUGCCAGGACCACAUGGUUGUUGGUGGAUGUCAGCACGUAACUCUACCAUUGUCAAGGGAACCCCUUACUGGAGUUAUUCUAAAUCCUUGACUUUGCCUGGAGAGAAGCGCGAACGUAAGUUCUUCUGUACGUUCAAGUUUGUGCCUGAAAUCAAUGAGUUGAGGAUCCUUCCUGAUUUCGAUUCCCCCAAAUUUCGUGUAAACAAUUUCAAAAUAGGCAACAUCAAGGAUCGUCUUGUUGGGAUGGCAUAUAAAUUAGUAGAACAUGGAGAGACUAUGGUGGAUAUGUAUUCUUUGGACGACGAGGUAUUUGGUAAUGGUGUUUGGAGUAAGAUGUAUAGCAUAGGACCUGUGUAUUUUGACUACAACCAAAGGCUGUUGCACGCUUUUAGGAAUGGUGGUGAAGUAUUGAUCGAGGGGUAUUUUGGCCCAUUAACUUUCUAUGAUCCUAAAACCAAAGAAACUAAGAGUAUUGCAGGGACAACUUGCACCAUCACUUUCUUAUGGGAGUCUGAUGGACAGUGUUGCUGUACUUAUACGCCUAGUUUGGUCCGUGUUCGAGGAAUGGAGUCCAUGCACAACUUUUUUACAAAUGGAGAACUUAAGGAAUUCGCUUUGUGACGAUUGCCUACUUACGUCGAGCAGCGAUAUGGUUUUAGCAAGCAGGUUAAGGUUAAAGUCGGGAGGCUGAGGUAUGAAAUGUGGCCCGGGCAAGGUGGAGGAAGUUAAGCUCAAGUGCUAUAGUUUCUAUAACAUAACUUAGACCAUCUCCCAUGUACUCCCAAACGCAAGGAAUAUGAAGAAGCUUUAUAUUCAGUUUAUUUGCAUCAAAAACAAAUGCUGACAUUUUAAGUUGCACUUUUGCUCUACUUUUAAGUUGUACCUCAUUAAAAAAAAUUAUUGGGAAA